AUUGAUGCUGCAUCUCUGAUUGCUGCCUCUGUGAUGGCUGCCCCUUGUGCUCUGGCCCUGUCCAAACUAGUCUACCCAGAAGUGGAAAAAUCCAAGUUCCAGAAUAAAGAGAGCGUGAAACUGUCCUAUGGGGAGGCUCAGAACCUUUUGGAAGCCACCACAAGUGGAGCCGCCAUCUCUAUAGGGGUCAUUGCAAACAUUGCUGCCAACCUGAUUGCGUUCCUGGCCGUGUUAGCCUUCAUUAAUGCUGCUCUGUCCUGGCUGGGGGAGAUGGUGGACAUCCAGGAGCUCAGCUUCCAGCUCAUCUGCUCUUACAUUUUGCGCCCUGUGGCAUUCAUGCUGGGAGUGGACUGGGCAGAUUGUCCCGUGGUGGCUGAACUGCUGGGCAUCAAGCUGUUUCUGAAUGAAUUUGUGGCUUAUCAGGAGCUGUCCGAGUACAAGAAUAGGCGUCUAGCAGGAGUUGAGGAGUGGAUUGGGGACAAGAAGCAGUGGAUUUCCAUCAGAGCAGAAAUUAUCACCACAUUUGCUCUCUGUGGAUUUGCCAAUUUCAGCUCCAUUGGGAUCAUGCUGGGAGGUCUAACCUCAAUGGUUCCCCAUCGGAAGAGUGAGUUCUCCAAGAUUGUGAUGAGUGCUCUACUAACUGGUGCCUGUGUAUCCCUGGUCAAUGCCUGUGUGGCAGGAAUCCUUUAUGUGCCCAGAGGGCCAGAAAUCGAUUGCUUCUCCUUCCUCAACACAAGUUUUACGGACAGCAGCUAUGACAGCUAUGUGUGUUGUAAGAAGGUCUUCCAGAGCAUGAUAGUCACAGGUACCAAUUCCUCCUCCUUUGCUGGCUCCAGGAUGGAUUUUACCACAGAUAUGUUGGACAAUUGCUGCAAAUUUUACAACCACACUGCCUGUGCAUAG